CUCACACCGGCCGCGUGACGUCACUUCCUGCCCCUGCCCCCGCCCUCGGGUUAACCCGCGCCCCGCGCGCGCUGCGGCCUCUUUCCGGCCGCGCGCGCCAAGAUGGCGGACACGCAGACGGAACGCGCCUACCAGAAGCAGCCGACGAUCUUCCAGAAUAAAAAGCGAGUGCUGUUGGGUGAGGGUGGCAAGGAGAAGUUGCCUCGCUACUACCGCAACGUGGGGCUGGGCUUCAAGACUCCGAAGGAGGCCAUCGAGGGCACCUACAUUGACAAAAAGUGUCCUUUCACUGGGAAUGUCUCCAUCCGGGGCCGCAUCCUCUCAGGUGUGGUGACCAAGAUGAAGAUGCAGCGCACCAUCGUCAUCCGCCGCGAUUACCUGCACUACAUCCGCAAGUACAACCGCUUCGAGAAGCGCCACAAGAACAUGUCAGUGCACCUGUCCCCCUGCUUCAGGGAUGUGCAGAUUGGGGACAUCGUGACGGUGGGCGAGUGCCGCCCCCUCAGCAAGACCGUGCGCUUCAAUGUGCUCAAGGUGACCAAGGCUGCAGGCACCAAGAAACAGUUCCAGAAGUUCUGACAGCUGUGGGGAGAGGUGUGGGUGGAAUAAAUGUUGGGAAAGUGGAACUA